UGGUUCUGCCCGGUGAUGCUUCGGUGCAUAUACAGCCAAUGCGUCGAUGCUUAAUUGGGUAAAAUUUUUUGGUCCCACGCCCAGAGUGAAGUUGCUGAUCUCUGCCAGGGUCAGGCAGGAAUUUUCCUCCUCAGACAAACUGGCCAGGGCUGGGUGGUUUGCCCCGUCCCCUCUCGCUCCGGAAGGCUGGGCAGAGGUGCUGGGUGCGCAGGCCAUGGGCACCACACCUGCCGCGGCCGCUGCUGCUGCCCCUGGCUCUUGCAGGGCAAGGAGCCCACAGGCCGGUCCCUCUGGCUGCUCGGACCCUCCCUGGCUGCACGUGGUGAGUGAGCCGGCUCCUAGGAGGGCGAGGAAGCCCCUGGAGUCCACGGGGACUCCAGCCUCCGUGCCUUCGAGGUCUCACAGUGAAAGGGUGAUGUUGGACUCAGUGACACACAGCACCUUCCUGCCCAACGCGUCCUUCUGCGACCCCCUGAUGUCCUGGACUGACCUGUUCAGCAAUGAGGAGUACUAUCCUGCCUUUGAACACCAGACAGCCUGCGACGCCUACUGGACGUCCGUCCACCCCGAGUACUGGACGAAGCGCCACGUCUGGGAUUGGAUCCAGUUCUGCUGCGACCAGUACAAGCUGGACAUCAACUGCAUCUCCUUCUGCCACUUCAACGUGAACGGCCUGCAGCUGUGCAGCAUGACCCAGGAGGAGUUUGUGGAGGCGGGGGGCGUCUGCGGCGAGUACCUGUACUUCAUCCUCCAGAACAUCCGCUCCCAAGGUUGCUCCUUCCUUAACGAUGUUGAAGAGUCCAAGGCCAUCAAAGACUAUGCUGAACCCAGCUGCCUGAAAACAAGCGGCAUCAAAAGUCAAGACUGUCACAGUCACGGUCACAGUCGAACGAGUCUCCAGAGUUCUCACCUCUGGGAGUUUGUGCGUGACCUGCUCCUGUCUCCGGAGGAAAACUGCGGCAUCCUGGAGUGGGAGGACCGGGAGCAGGGCAUUUUUCGGGUGGUGAAGUCAGAAGCCCUGGCCAAGAUGUGGGGACAGAGGAAGAAAAACGACAGGAUGACGUACGAGAAGCUGAGCAGGGCUCUGAGGUAUUACUACAAAACGGGAAUCCUGGAACGGGUCGACCGAAGGCUGGUGUACAAAUUCGGAAGAAACGCACACGGGUGGCAGGAAGACAAGCUAUGAUGGGCUCCCUCGGCUGGCUCCUGCGAGUGGAUUUCUGUUUUCAAACGCUCAGAUCGCCACAGACGUUUGAAAGUCUUGGUUUUCGGCUUUUGGUUUGUUUGCUUUUUAACCGUGCAAACGUGCUGAUAAAGUUUCUCCGCGUCUCGGCUUACAUUUGCAUUCAGAGUUGUUGUUGUCUACUCGCGGGUGAUGGCAGCAACCCUUAACAAAUACCGCUGCUGUUUUUUUUUAACCCAAGGGAAGGGGGGGGGGGAGAUCUUUCCUGAUACUUUGAGCAAACAUUGCUUCCUUAAGUGGAGAGGGCUGAGCCUCAGCAGCCAGGGCCCAGGUGCAGCUCAGAGGAAAGGACCCAGCUCUGCCUUGACCCACCACCCAGUGCUCCCAUCCCCAACGUGUGCUCCCAUCCCCAACGUGUGCACACACUUAGCUGCAGCAGCUCUCGAAGGGAAGCAGUGAUUCGUUCGUGGUUAAUGUAACAGGAAGGGGUGACGUGUGCUAAGACAAACAUACUGUAGGCUUUGCUUCGUUAAAAUAAAAUUCCAUAGAAAAGCUUCUUAAUUAGUCAGAGGGCUAAGCCAUCCAGCUGGCACACCACUGGGCUGAGCGUAGGUUAACAGGAGUUUCUCAACCAACACAUCUUUGUGGCCGCUCACCUGCACUCCCACGGCCAUCCUGACCCAAUAAUAACACACUUACCAUGAGACACAUUCAUAUGUUCUUCAUUCUUUU